AUGGAAAAAAACGACGAUGAUAAUGAUGAUGAUGACGAUGGUGGUGGUGAUGAUAAACAAGAAACGCCGAUAAGUCGAGAAUACGUUAAACCUAUAAAAAUAUCACCUUUGGGAUUUCACGAAGAUGAUUUAUUAUAUGGUAGCGAUCAAUUAAAUGGAGAAUCUUCGUCUGAACCAUUACAAUUGAGACACCACAGCGGACAUUUUCGUCACAAAACGGCAAACAUAUGGGAUCCCCAUCCGAUGUACGAAUUUACGGCUUUUAAAAAAAAAUUCAAUUUGAUAUUACAACACGAUUCGAAAUUUGCAUCCCCGGAUCUUCAGGUGACUCACAUAUGGCACAACACAUCGGCAAGAAAAUUACCAAGCAUAAAAUCAAACGGUUGUUUUUAUAAAGGACAAGUAAAAGGAGAUCCCUCAUCGUCUGUUGCCGUUAGUUUAUGCCACGGAAUGGUAAGUUUAAAUAUAUUAUUAUUAUUAUUACUACAUUCAAAUUUUUUUAUUUUCGUGUAA